AUGAGAGAGGGUUUUAAAGAAACAUUUAAGCCACUUAUUAAAUCGCAGGAUAGCAUUAAAAAAAGUAUUGAUGAGCAGCAAAACGCAACUAUAGCACAACUUAAAAAAAAUCAACUUGCAUUAACAUCAGGAUUGGAAAAAAUUAAUGAAACUAAUUUAAGAUUGGCUGACAUGAGAGAAUUACCAGCUUUGGAAGGUGAUUAUGAAGAACCUACAACAUCUAAACCAAAAUCACCUACACGUUAUAACAUUGAAAAAAAUCUUGACGAUGUUGAUUUAGAAGUAUUAAGAAUUAUGGAUUAUCCAAGACCAAAUGAUUUUUUUGAUACUAACCCUGAAAGACUUAGAGAAAUACAUGAUGAAGUAAAAAAUGAUGUAAAAGUUUUUACAGGACAAAUAGCUGGUUUGAAGAGAAAAAAACAUAAAACAGAAGAAGAAGAAGAAGAAAUAGAAAGGAUUAAAAUGCAGAAAGAUUUACUACAUAAAUACAAAAACAUUCUUAAAAUUUAUUUAGGUUCGCUUGAGUAUCAAAUAGGAGAAGGAAUGAUUUACUUUAACAACCCACAUCAACUUCCAGACAGACUUGAAUUACUCGGUGGUUCAAUUCUUGCUGGGAAUAAUGGUGUAAUACCUGAGUUUUCUCAAAUAGCACAUCUUCUCAACCAAAUGAAAGUGAUCUCAAGAAAACAACUUAAUGAUCUACUAAAAAGUUAUAUACCAAUUAUAUAAAAAUGGAAGAACGAGCUAUCCACAUUUCCUCAAUAAACAGGGAAAAAAAGAGAAACAAACAGACCUGGUGAUUUUACUAUUAAGUUUAAUCCAUCUCUAAAACUUGACCCUGCGCCACUACGUUGUUAUUGCGUUACUUUCAGCGGUAUCUAGCGCGCGCAUGCGCCCGUGGAUCAUCUUUGUAAUUCCAUGCGGUUCUCGUUCGGUCUUCAGUAAACCCUCGUUAAGACACAGUUUGUUCCUUAUUGGCGCUGAAAUGAAACACCAACUUGCUCUUGAUCGACUGUCUAUGACUUACUCUUGGUACAACAUUAGAAGUGAUUAUAAAAACGAUAAAAUCAAAUACACUCACGAUGGUUCCACCUGGCAAACAAUUACUUUUACAGAUGGAAUGUAUUCUUACUCAGAUAUCAAUGAUUACAUUCAUCAAUAUAUGACUCAAAAAAAUCAUCACUCAACAGAUUCAAGUGGAAAAAAGGAGUAUUCAAUCAAUCUAACUUUUAUACUAUCUACCUAUCGAGUUUUAAUUUCAAUUAGUAAUAACUAUCAACUUGAUCUGAGAGGAACAGAAUUUGGAGACCUAAUUGGAUUUGAAAAGAAACUUAUUACAAAAACAGAGUAUGGAACAAAACUACCAAAUAUCACAAAUUCGAUUGAUGUGUUGAAUAUCAACACAAGCGCAAUAACUGAUAGCAUUGUAAAUGGAAUAAAUACCAAUACAAAUACCAUUGCUGUGAUACCAACAGACAAUCUCACAAGGUCUUUUCCAUUUACGUUUGAACCUAAAAGACCAUUGUAUUGUCCUGUAUCAUCAUUUCACAUUGAUGAAAUGAGAAUCUAUGUGACAGACUCCCUUGGCAGACCAGUAAAUUUUAACGGUAUAGAUUGGUUUAUGACAUUGAUACUCCACUCGAUGUAAUAUAACUAUUAAAAUAAAAUGAUGAGACAAUCAGAGUUUAAAAUGAAACUUGACCCUGAAUUGGGUAGAUUUACAAGACAACAUAUUUAUGGAGAAGGAAUAACGGAUGUGUUUAAAUCGUUUGGUAAAAAAUUAUUUGGAAAGACACUUAAAUCAGCAGCUAAAAAAGGAGCUAAAAAAGCGGUGACAGCAGCUGCAACAAAAAGUGGUGAACAUGUUGGUAAAAAGGCUGGUGAUAAGAUAGUGCAAAUGUUAUCAAAAGAGAAGGCUGCACCCACCACCAAAAAAGUUACUUUUAAUAAAAAUGUUUAAACUAUUCCAAACAAAAAAAUGUCUCAACAAGAUAUAAAUCGAAGAGUGAACGCCAUUCUUAGUGGGGGUAAAAUUAUAUAAUUAUUAAAAUAAAAUGAAGUCCUUUAGAAAUCCAGAAUAUUUAGAAAGAUAUGAAGAUGUUGUUUUUGACCUUGAACAGGCUUUAGCCAGGCCUGGAAAUAAUGCUCAUCAAACUAAAACAGGUCAUAGAUUUGUUGCUGAUAACACAGGAGAAGCUACUCCUUUUGAUUGGUAUAACGCGCGAUUUUCAGUAGAUUUCAAAGUUAAUCAGCUGGCUGCUGGAGCUGAUAUAGAUGCAGAUGGAGAUCAAAUGGGAAUAGUAAAUGGAAGUAAUUCUCUCAUAGAAAAGUUAACCAUCCUAGCAAAUGGUAGAGAUGUUUACAGUUGCAACUAUGCUAAUCAUGUAGUAAAUAUUAAGAAUUUGCUUGAGUAUAAUCCAUCUUAUGUUGAGAGUGUUGCCACAAAUGAAUUUUACUAUCUUGAUACAGCAAGAAAUGCAGAUAGAGAGAAGUACGCAGAAAGACAAGUUCAACACGGUAGAAAUGAUGCUGAUAAUGGUUGAGAAGCAAGAAAUUUUGUAGAUGGAGAUAAUAAUACUUACAACAAAGGUUUUGCAAUAAGAAAAGCACUAUUAGGCGACUCAGCAACUGUACGAUGUGAAAUUCCUAUUAACAGAUAUUCGUUUUUUGAAUCAUUAGAGGACAAACUUCUUCCAAAUACAAAAACUGAGCUGAAUAUAGAACUAGAAUCAGAUAACAAUCUUAUCUGGCGAACUGGAGGAAACAAUUGUAGAGUUAUACUAACAAGAUUUCAACUAUUUGUUCCAAGAGUAACAUUUAACAAAAAAGGACAAGAAAUAUACCUGAAAAAUUAUCUUAAGCCCUACAAGUGGAUGUAUGUUAAUGAAGUAGUAGAGCGAUCAAAUAACUCUCAACAUCAAACAGGCCAAUUUAGAAUUACAAAUGCAAUCUCAAAACCACGUCAUGUAUUUGUUUUUGGAAUUAACACAACCAAUAUUGAUUCACAAACAGAAAAUCCAUUUUUAUACAAUACUUUUAAUCUGACAAACAAUGCUAAUAUAUCUCGCUGUCAUCUCGAGGUUGGAAAUGGAAAUGAGUACCCUGACAUUCACUUUAAACCAGCUACAGAUCCAGCAAGAGUUUUCAGAGAA